UUGCCUGGGCUGCACAUGUGUCUCUCGGAAGCCGGGUGUGUUGGAGGUAGAGAGUCACUAAGGAAAGACUACAUUCCUGACAUUGUACUAGUAUAAGCCGGACAUUUUGGAGACACAUAUCAGGAUAUCGUUCACCAUCUUUUCCCACAUUUUUCUCACGAGUCCGUUUGGAAGGAGAAUUAAAAUACCCCUGUUUCACACUAUAGGUUUUUGUCCUGGAUCUGCUUGUCAACACUGGAGCACUACAUGUUAUGCGUUAAACUGUGAUAUCUAAGUCAGUUUUAGUCUUUCAAUUGUUUUUAGUCCUUUUUUCCCUGUCACGGCUGUACAAAGAUGGCAGCAUUGAUUGACAAAAUCACAACAGGUUAUAAUGGCCUCAUGGAGCAUAGAGAUCAACGGACAACAAACUGGUUCUUGUUGGGGUCGCCCUGGCCAAACCUGUUGCUAGUGGCGACAUACAUCUUCAUCAGUACAAAGGGUGGUCCAUGGUUUAUGAAGAAUCGAGAACCAUAUGAUAUACGCAAGAUAAUGGUAGCCUAUAACUUGUUCAUGGUAUAUUUGUCAUCGUAUAUGGUAUAUGAGUUUCUAUUCGCUGGCUGGUUAGAUGGUUAUACGUUAGGAUGUCAACUGGUAGAUUAUUCUGACGCCCCUCAAGCAGUGCGGAUGGCAAAUGUUUCUUGGUGGUUUUAUUUUUCUAAGGUUAUUGAGCUCCUGGACACAAUUUUUUUCAUCCUACGCAAGAAGUUUAAUCUAGUGACAUUCCUACAUGUAUACCAUCACGCCCUUAUGCCAUGUGUCGAGUGGGCAGGAGUGUCUUUUGCCCCAGGCGGCUUUGGUACAUUCCAUGCCCUGUUGAACUGCUCUGUUCACGUCAUUAUGUACACAUAUUAUGGUCUGGCAGCGAUGGGUCCCCAUAUGCAGAAAUACCUCUGGUGGAAGCGCUACAUGACAACCAUUCAGAUAGUUCAGCUGUGUGGCAUGGUGAUCCAUAGCUCCCAAAUAAUCUUCACAGACUGUCAGUAUAGUAAAGUGUUUGGUUAUACUAUCCUCAUUGGAGCGUUUAGUUUUGUGCCUCUCUUCCUAAAUUUCUACAUCCAAGCGUAUUUAUCCAAGGCGAAAAAGGAAAAACAUGAACGGCUCCAUCAAAAUGGUAGCGUUGAACAGAAUGGGAAGAUAGAACAUCAAAAUGGCACUGUCAAGAAUGGAAGUGUUGUUACAAAUGGCAUCAGUGGGAAGAAGGCAAACGGGAAGAUUAACGGAAAGAAACAAAAUGGGAAGAAACACAAUUAACUUUCUUACAUGAAUACUAAUUGAUAAAGAUAUAACCAGUUGAUCAGUUAAUGAAGAAUAUGUUAUAUGACACUGUCUUGCUCUCGGCUGUUUGUGUACCAGUGCGGUCUUCUCACCUAUCUGACCUCAAGAUCGGUGCUAAAAGAUGGGGUACAGGCCUGGCUCAGUGUGCCGUGCAGAUGGCAUGACUUAAUCCGUGUUGUCCAUCCUCGCAUACAGACGGCAUUGGACUCGUUCUUGUGUUCUAAUCUUACCAGUGGCAUCUUGCUUGGUGCAGCGUACAUUCUUACAAACAAAUGGCAUCAGGAUCAUUCUGCGGUGUUCAUUCUAAACAGAUGGCAUCCGGCUUGGUCUGUGGGGUACAUUCUUAGAAAUGAAUUGCAUUUAGCUUGUUUUGCAGUGUACGAAUUGCAUCUAGCUUGGUCUCUCCAUCCUUGCAAACAUGGCGUCAGGCUUGUUCUGCGGUGUUCGUUCCUACGAACAGAUGGCAUCUUGGUUGGUCUGCGGUGUUCAUCCUUGCAUAUGGAUGGCGUCUGGCUUGGUCUGUCCUUCCUUACUUACAAAUGCCAUCCGGCUUGGUCUUUAGUAUAUAUUCUAUCAUACAGAUGGCUUUACAUAUUCUAGGAGUCACACUUAAUGGCCUGUAGGAGAUAAGGUUGAGAAGAUGAGGAACCAGUCUGCAGAGGUGUUAUGAUUCGGCUUCAGCUUUGUAAAUAAGUGCUAUGGUGCCAGGUUCUGAACAGUGUGAGUUACUGUUUGGUGUUUUUUUAAUGCUGGUGUUAUUCUGUCAUCAAGUUUGAAUACAGUCGGCUAUCAGAACACUCAUGUUGGUGGCAAUGAUCAGUUGUGCAGAACUUGGUGGCUCCAGACCUAAGGACUGGUUUUCCAGGCUUAUAGGAUGGUUCUUACCAUAAUAGCUGGUGUUGGUUGACCUGCAAAUGAUAUAAAAUGUAACUCCCAAUGCAGACCUCUCAAUAUGGAUUUGGCUAGUUAUUUGGUUGAGAGAGUGUGACUGAUUACAAAAUGCAGCAUUUGUAUCUACCUUCAAAAAUUACCCAAGAUUUGUAACAUUUGGCUUUUACUAUGAAAUAGUAGUAAAGUAGUCCCCUGAUAGGUGAUCCAAAGAUAUACUGUGUCACCAUGUGAGCCAGUUGAAACACGACAUUUAGAAAGUGUUUUGUCCGAGAACACCUCAAAGUAGCCUCAUGUUUGUGAGGCGUUUGCAUUAAAUUGUUAAUCAUUGAGCACUGAAAGCUUUGAAGAUCAAGAACUAAGUGUAAAUAUUAUACAACUGUACAUAGAAUGAUUGUAGCGUAGGUUUUUUAAAACAAAACUGUUGAAGAAAUUAUUGGUUUGGGGUAUAAGCUUUUACUCUUUGAAUAGAAUAAAUUUCAAAGGGGUUCCUUUUAGCUUCUUGGGGCAGCAGAUGAUGACCAGUCGUUUUCACCUGGCAGUCCCAUCAGGUUAUAUUAUCCAGGGCCUGAUUAUUCAAGGCACUGGUUUUGUCACCAAUGUUGGCGUCAAUUUGGUGUUAAGUCUAACACCAAGUUAUUUGGUGUUAAGUCUAACACCAAGUAACACCAAGUUAGUGACUUGUUUUGAACAACCUGGCCCAGAAAUUGGGGUAGAGGGCUUUUAUUUUCAUUACAUAUCACUAUCUUAGAGAAUCAGACUUACAUAUACCAGCAAAUCUAAGAUCUCAGUUACUUAUAUGUUACAUGAUCAAAGGGUGGGGAAUCAUUUUUUUCUGUCUUUGCUCUUGUCAGUCACGAGGGUGUCCUUAAUGGAGGGUAGGUUCUACGGUACUCGAAGGAUUUUUUUGUAGAGGAUACUAAUAGACUCUGCUUUUGAAGUCCUAACAGAAAUUAGGGAAGACUGCUUGUCAUGGUUUCUUCAGUAUUCAUAGACCUUCUGAAGAUUUUCACUCAGAAGGUUCAUAGACCAAAAUCUCUUGAUUCUCCCUUUACGUGUAAUGUUACUCGGCACUAUUUUUAUUGAUAAUUAUCAUAUAAUCUAACUAUAAAUUUGUUAUGUCAAGUUAGUUGCCACUGAAAAUGUAUCUAGAUUAGAAAUAGCUGUCUUUUGAUAAUUUGUGGCCGGCAUAUGCAUUUAAUAUACUCUAUGUUUCACCAAGCUAAGACCACUUCAUCAGUUGCUAUGAAUUUGACACGAAAAGGCCAUGAAAAUGAUGCCCAGGCAACCUGGUGACACCCAGUCAUUGUAAAUCUCAGUCAAAUAUGCUAAAUGGCUUCAAACAACCAUGAGCAUAAUUUGAUAUCCUUCCAGAUAUUCACUUGUAUAUUUAGAAACGGUCUUUGAUCAUGAAACUAGAGUUAAUCAAAAGAGGCAGAAGUUUAUUUUUUUGUAGCAUAAUGAUUUGUUUUUAUUUUCUUAUGGCAAAUGCAUUUAAAGUGGCAAUGAUAUUUACUUGUGUCUUAGUUUUACUGCUGGUGACACAGCAAUGUUGCCAGUAUCUUUCAUCUAACAUUAAGGGGUGGUUUUAUAGUAAUGGUCUAGUGGGUCUGUUUGGUAAUAAGAAUAAAUAAAAUAUUCAGCAUUUGUUUAGCUCUCCUACGCAAUUCACAUUUGUGACUCGCUCUACCAAAUCUAGGCGCUUGUCGCAUCUGAACUUGACAGGUUGAUACGGACUUGUUGUUCAUUUCCCUAUUGUUGACCUUUUGUGAAAUCUGUUACAAACACAUUUGGUCUCAUUCAACAAAAGGUCUACAAUAGGGAACUGAACAACAA